AUGGAAAGUGCCAGAGCUGACACCCUGCUCCCCAAGAGAGACUCAGAGUCAGUGAUGGACUCAGGAGCCUUCCAUGGCCAGGGAGACACCCCCAGCAUCCUUCCAGCGAGGAGACAUGACUCCUGUUCUCCUGCGGCCUGUCGGCGAGUGGAGCAAGGCCGUGCUGAGUUUGCGGACAUCUUCCUGGGACCCCCUCCGCCUGGGAUGCAGCCUUUUCUCUUCCUCCCCGGCAUGCUUGAGAAGACCGGCAACAGGCCCAAAGGUGGCCAGAAUCCCCCAGAGGUGGUAUCCACCGUCCAGGAGCCUCCAGGAGACACCAGGCCUGACGGGACCGCAGUAGAGCCGUCGACAGCUGCGUAUCUAGGGGAGUAUGUGGCCAUGAUCUGUGACGUGACCACGCCUCCAUUCCUGGGCCACAGGCUGCCCACCACCUUCAAACACCUGCGAGUCUUGGCGAAGGGGGACAGCCAAUGGCCCCAUGUUCCCGAAGCUCACCCAGAAGCUCUAAGCUAGAGGCCACUCCUGGCCGGUGGACAUAAAGGAGGGAAGGCCACCCUCCCCUGAACGGAAGUUCACGCUGCCUCACCUAGGGACCACAUCCUCUAUUCCUAGACAGCCUGGAGCUGGGAACAGGUCCGUGUGAGCCCUGUGGCU